AUGGCGAGGUCAAAAGCGAGGGUGUACACUUGCUGCGCAGUGAUGCUGCUCUGCCUAGUGGCUGUAAUUGUGUGUAUUUCUGUAUUUGUGAGGCGCAAGUGUCCAGAUAACACUUUCCCAAGAGCUGCAGUGGCCGCAGACUCUGCGAGAUGUUCCCAAAUUGGACGGGACAUUCUUCAGAAAGGGGGCUCAGCGGUAGAUGGCGCCAUCGCUGCGCUGCUGUGCACCUCCGUCAUCAACCCGCAGAGCAUGGGCCUCGGAGGGGGGUCCAUAUUCACAGUGUUGGAAAGCUCUGGCAAAGUGAAAAUCAUCAACUCCAGGGAGACUGUCCCGGAGAAGUUUAAAGCUGACCUGCUGCAGUCAUGUCCCAACACCUUCCAGAUGAUUUCAGGUAGCCAAUGGAUCGGGGUCCCAGGAGAGAUCCGGGGUUACGAGCAGGCACACAGAUUGUAUGGGAAGUUGCCGUGGGCCUCUCUCUUCCAGCCGACCAUCAAACUGGCCAGAGAAGGGUUUCCUAUCCCGGCGGUCCAAGGUCGAUACAUCCCGUACCUUGACACGAACCAGACCAUGCCACUACGAAAGUUGUUCACAGAUAAGAAGGGCAACCUGCUGAGGACUGGGGAUCCAGUGAAGUUUGAGAGACUGGCCGACACUUUGGAGAGGAUUGCAGAGGACGGACCAGACGUCUUUUACAACGGACGAAUAGCAGAGGAUUUAAUCCAUGACAUACAGGAGGCAGGAGGAACACUCACGACGCAGGACUUGGCCUCGUAUCGAGCCACAGUGACCGAUGCGUGGGCCGUUCCUUUCGGAGAGUACCAGAUGUUCUUCCCCCCGCCCCCUGCGGGAGGCAUUAUCCUCAGCCUCAUCCUUAACGUCAUGAAAGAAUACAACUUGAAUCCAGCAACUCUGAAAGAAAAAGAACAGAAGACGCUGGCUUAUCAUCGCUUAAUCGAAGCUUUUAAGUUUGCCAACGGAUUAAAGAAACACAUCUGUGAUCCAGGGUUCUGCUCAGAAGAAAUGGCCAAUAAAUUCACGGAGGACAGCUUUGCUAAGCACAUACGGAGCUCGAUCAGCGGCGACAAGACUCACGACCCCCAGUAUUACAACAUCACCCCGUAUCUGGACAGCAUGGGCACCACGCAUGUGUCGGUGAUGGCGGAGGAUGGAUCCGCUGUGUCUGUCACCAGCACCAUCAACCACAUAUUUGGCUCCAAGGUCUUCUCUCCGAGAACUGGAAUCAUCCUGAACAACGAGCUGUCGGACUUCUGUGGGAGAGCCGAUAACAUCUUCCCUGGGGAACAGCCUCCAUCCUCCAUGUCCCCCACUGUGCUGAAGUCUCGGUCGAAGACGCUGGUGAUUGGAUCGACUGGCGGGAGCAUGAUCACGACUGGGAUGGCGUCGGCACUCAUGAACCACCUUUGGUUUGGGAAGAGCCUGAAGGAGGCGAUCGCUGCUCCCGUUUUCUUUGUCAACUCUCAAAAUUUGGUGAAGUUUGAGCCCCACUUUGAUAAGGAUGUAAUCGAGGCGCUGAAGGUUCUGGGACACAAACAGUACGAUGACAAAAUGUUCUACAACGUGGUGAACGCCGUGGAGAAGGAGGACGGCUGCAUCUGCGCCGUGUCCGACGGCAGGAAACAGGGCGAAGCAGCCGGAUACUGAGACCAGGAGCCGGUGGCAUUAGGUACGCAGGAGGGCCUGAAGGUUACGGAGACCUUCUGCAACACAGAUGUUGAAUAACAGGCCUCUUCAGCCGAACACUCGCAGGCAGCAGGUAAACACACGUCCUGUGAACACACCUGACUGCAGCGGUGACGUGAUGGAUUUGACCGAGCACGAAGGAUCAACUGUCGGUGACCUCCUGUCACUCGCUUUGAACACAUCGUCCCUCUUUUGUCAUUAAUUACAUCGUUCUAUUGUAAAAAAUAAAUAAUCAUACAAGUGACAUGAUAUAGACAUGUUAAUAUCUGAGGUACAAAAUACUUAAAUAUUAAAAAACUUAUUCAUAGCAGUUAUUCUGUCACAUAUACUAC